AUGCUCCGUGAUACUGCACUCAUGCUGUUGGCUAAACUGACGCAGGGACAGCAUCACGAAUUGCAGAAGAUUGUUGCGUUCCAAGGCUCUCGGGCAGUGGACGAUGCAUUGGCGUUGAUAGGAAAUUUGGUGGCCCGUAAUCCCACCAACCAACGCUACUUUCGGGAAAUUGGCGGUGACCAACGGCUAUUGCUGCUUUUUCGGUCCACGCUUAGCGGAGCCAACUGGAAUUCCCAGGAGCCGCAUUUGGACAAUCAAGGGCAACAAAAUCGAUCUGAGCAUGGCGAUUUGAAUGGAGAAAUCGCCAUUCAGCUUGGGACAUUAUUUCUUGGGCAUAUCAUCUGCAAGGGGCUUUUGGUGCCGCUAGCAACACCUAGCACCUUGCUUUCACAAAGCGCAUUGGGGGUCAAUGCGCCUUUACCAUUUCUAACGCUGCUUUUUGAUGCAUUAAAAGCGUCCGUGUCGCUAGCAUGGACCUCCAUGACUACCAGAAGUACUACGAGCCUCAACCUUCGGCCGCUUUCAUACAUUCAGCCAGAGCUUAUUGUGGGCGUGCUGGAAACAAUCGGCCAUCUUAUCUACCAACAUCCGGAAAACCAGGCAUAUUUUUUAACCCAUACGGCAGCAGGCUGGGGGUGGGAUGUCCAUCUUGCACUGAUUGCGACUUCUCCCAUACUCUCUCUCACCGUUGCCGGAGGCGAGGCGGUAGAGCUGGCCAUCAGAGACGCCGCUUUGUUUAUAUUUGCAUCACUAGGCGAUUCCUUGUUAAAGACAAUUUCACGCUGCCCAGAAAAUAACACUAGCGCCAUCAAUGACACUGCUGUCGGCGUUCAUACCAAUGAGGGAAUCCACGGAAUUGCAGCUGAUUCCGUUGGAAGCUUUUUUGAGGCAGAGGGGGGAAUCCCUGGGAAGACCGUAUCUGUGCCGACUCCGAUCAGCAUUGCUGUCCAAAUCCUUGUAGAGUCAGAAUGGGAAGGUAGCUCUUUGUGGCCGGUUCAUUAUGCCACAAAUAUCCUUAUUGCGUAUCUGCACCAUGCUCAAAACAGUACUGAGCUGCGGGAAUCCCUCAUUCCGCUGAUUGGAAUUGAUUCUAAUCAACUUGCUGUGCCUACCCGUGGUGUAGAUUCACGCUCCCGUGAAGAUCUAUUGCCUGCAGUUACGAACCCCAAACGGCAACACACCGUUUUUGGGAGCACUGUCUCGUUGAUACAUCUUGUUAUGGCGAAAUUUCUUCGCCCUUCGCAUAUCAAUUUGUCAGUUCUAAAAGGGGACCCUGGUGCUCUGCGGGUCUCUCAGAAGGAGCGAGCUGGUAUUGUCGUGUGCAAGUCUCUUUUCGCAUUGCUGAUCCACCUUGGAAACCUGCAUAUGGAAGCGCUUUUUGAAGCAUUUGCAAGCGAACAGGGCACCGUUUCAACGGCCAACCUUCAUAUGCUGGUGGAAUGGAUUUCGCCGACUUUCGAUGCAACUCUUCUCGGUGGCCUUGCUGCUUUUCUCUUUUCACAGCUGCUAUAUUCUGCCGCCUUAUUGGAUCGUCUUUGGGAUAGCGAGAAUCCGGAGGAUCAUGGGUCCCAGGCGAAUAGUGUCCAUCGCAGAGAUGCCCACAUUCUUAUGGAGCUACUGCAUGUCAGGGUGGGCAUCGAUGCUGUCGCUUCAAGGCUUGCAUUGUUACAGCAGCAUCUCUUUUCGCGGUUCCCAGGUCAUGCUGCGGCGCUUCCUGCUUUGCUACAAGAAUCCGGACCUGCGAAUCCGGCGUUUCUGGAUGCAUCGACCGUUGAAAUCAUCAGACGCUCCAUGGAAUUUCUUCGGGCUUCGCAGCGGCGGGUCCAGGCCGCACAUCAAUCGACUUGUGUUUCACUACCGCGCAUUCAACGCAGUCCUCGCUUGGUUGAGGAAGCCCAUCUUUCUAACCUUCCACUACAUGUCCGAGAAGUCUUGAGUGCUAGCGAACGGAGCACUCAGGCACUCAUUGCUGCCAAGGAACAGAUGAUAAUCGAACGCGACACGCGAAUUGCGGAGCAAUGUGCCGCAAUUUCAGAACAACGCGUGUUUCUGGAACAGGCGACUGAAAAGAUCGCCGAACUUUCUGCGCAAAUCUCUUCAUUGGAGGAGUCUCGAUUGAGAGUGAUUUCCAAGCUUGAAGGUCAGCUUGAAAGUCUCACUUCAUCCUACACUGCGCUAAGACGUGAACACGACCAGCUGCUGAUUCUAUUAACCGACCUAACCUCACCCAAAGGCAUGAGCACCAUAAAUGGAACGUCAUUGGCGCCACUGGAAGCCUCACAGGCACCGUCAGAAAAACUCUUCAGCCCCUCACAACGUACCAUGGCCAAAGAAGCGGAUGCGGUAGACGCUCCUUCACCUACUCCUCAAAAGACCGGUGCAUUAGCUUCUGUGAUCCCUUUGUUAUGGAAAAUGGUGCCCACUCCCAUUCAGAACCAUCUUGGCCCUGCCAAAGCCCAACAUAACUCUUCUACGGAUUCCAACAAGGCAAUAGUGGAAACUGACACCGCCCCUAUGCCUGUGUCUGUGAACGGCUCUGCCCAAAAUCAUAUGCCCGCAAAUGUGCACGCCAUUGCUACACUACCGGUUAACGGCGCCGAUAAUUACACAGUGAACCCCGUUGCACAACAGCAUCAUCUGAAAGUUAUGCCCGUAUCCCCCGGUCUGCAGAAUGAUCGCCCAAUUGGUGCCCAGCCCUUUCCACUAGACCAUUGUAAUGGGAUACAUGAGCGUUUUUCCAGUUACAUACCGAUUGCGGAAACAUCAUCUUCCAUCAACUACCCUGCUGGUACAUACGUAGAGCCGCCCCCGCCUUCCAUCGGCUAUCCUGUGGGCAACUAUGUAAAACCACAUCCAUCCUCGGAUAUACAUCCACAUAGUGCAGCUCAUGAUGCAUAUCUUUCAUUUUCCUCCCCCUUGGAACCGAUGACGACGAUGCCGCCGGCAGAUCAGAUGCCCUCGAACAAAAAUCCCGACCCAGAGCCCUACUUCAGCGCGCCCCCAGGCACGAUCCACCCAUACUACCUGCACAUGAACUACCACAGCGUUUCCUUUGAGGAUAGCCUCGGGUUUGUGCCUCAACCCGAAUCAGACUAA